AUGAACUCCUAUUUCGAGCAGGGUGGUUUCUACGGGGCCCAUGGAGUACACCAGGGCGGUGGCGGUGGCGACCAGUACCGCGGUUUCCCACUGGGUCUGACCUACGCACAACCCCAUGCAUUGCACCAGCCUCGUCCACAAGACUCUCCAUACGAUGCAUCAGUGGCGGCUGCAUGUAAACUAUAUGCUGGAGAGCAACAGUACGCUAAAGCAGACUGUUCCAAGCCUGGUGGAGAACAACAGAAUGGCUAUGGUGGAAAAGAGGCAUGGGGUUCUGGAUUAGGAGCGCUUGUGAGGCCAGCAGCAUGUACCCCUGAGGCACGGUACAGCGAGUCCUCGAGUCCAGGAAGAGCUCUACCGUGGGGGAACCAGUGCGGCCUACCAGGAGCCGCUACAGCAGCAGCACAGCCCGUACAACACCAGCCCACCAAUCACACCUUCUACCCUUGGAUGGCCAUAGCAGGUUAG